UAAAAAAACGUCAGUUGCUUCUCACACUGGACACAUAACGCCCUUGCUGUGAGAGCUAACGUUGCCUUUGUCCUCUUCUAAAUCAAAUUUUAUACAGAAUCACGAAAACAUGCGUGAGUGUAUCUCCAUCCACGUUGGUCAAGCUGGUGUCCAAAUUGGAAAUGCCUGCUGGGAGCUUUACUGUCUGGAGCAUGGCAUCCAGCCGGACGGACAGAUGCCCAGUGGAAAGACCAUCGGAGGAGGAGACGAUUCUUUCAACACCUUCUUCAGUGAGACUGGAGCUGGAAAACACGUCCCCAGAGCUGUUUUUGUUGACCUGGAGCCCACCGUCAUUGAUGAGGUGCGCAGUGGGAUUUACCGCCAGCUGUUCCACCCUGAACAGCUGAUCACUGGUAAGGAGGAUGCUGCUAACAACUACGCCCGUGGACACUACACCAUCGGCAAAGAGAUCAUCGACAUA